AUGGCCACCGCCGAAACCCAGAACCCCCCUGCUGAGGCCCCCGCCCCGGCUCUUCCCGACUACGUUCUGGACGAGGAUGCGGUGCUCAAGGACACCAACGUGAACUGGCGCCACGGCCGGGCGCCCGACUACUCCAAGACGCGCAAGAUCUUUGCGGAAACAAAGCAAUCCAACCACCAAGCCGGCUCGCUGCCCGACCUGGUCGAGAAGCUGGUCAAGAACUGGGAGAUCGAGGCGAGCUACAAGGUGGACCUGGCGGACUGGCGCACCAUCGACCAGUCGUCCUACACCUUCUCGGUCAACGGCGGCCCGCCGCAGACGGGCGAGCACAUGCUGACCGUCGGCACCUACAACGCCAUCAUCGAGGGCAACGAGUACUACUGCCCCAUGCGCUCCUCCUUCGACGCCUCCCACAAGACCUUCAAGCGCAUGAUGCCCACGUUUGCCUGGGAGGUGCUCGAGGUGUAUGCCGGCCCGCCCAAGGUCGCCUUCAAGUGGCGUCAUUGGGGGACGAUGAAGGAGGAUUAUACGGGGUUGAACAACAAAGGGGAAAAGGUCACGAUCAAGGCGCACGGCGGGCCCAUCGACAUCGAAGGCGUCGUGGUGGCCGAGGUGAAUGACAAGUUGCAGCUGCGCAGCAUCGAGGUCUUCUUCGACCCCAUGCUCAUGUUCCGCCAGAUGGCCCCGGAUGGGGAGACGGGUGUCACCAAGGUGAAGGCCGACGAAUAG